CCACCGCCGGUAGUCAAUUCAAUGUUGGCGUCCCUCCAACAUCAUCCAGGCGUUCUCUCGAUAGUCACGGUUGCCGUUGAAAGAAGAGCCAAUGUCCACUCUGGCCUUCUACUCCGGAUCCGGUAUCAUAGUCGGCGAAGUCCUUCCCGCAGUUAAGAAUGAGAUCUCUAGUCCGCCGUCGUCAUCAUCAUCGAUUGUGCUCUUGUUAUCAAUCGUCGUCCUUGCCACGGCUGGUUGUCAUCAUCGUUGGUCGAAGCUUUCGUUGCGGCAUCGCCUUGCAUCGAGGCGCCUUCGCGUCAUGUUCAGCAACGAUGACCUUGUCGUCAAUCACGCGGACUUGUCCGUCUCCAGAUCGCCAGUCAAAGUCCAUUAUUGCUCGGGUCAGUGGGGAUCUCUUCAUCAACGUCACGGAGAACUCCUAAAGUUUGACGACUUCACCUCACGGCUUUCACCCGUCUGAGUGGCGGCUUUCAUCUCUUGCCGCAGCAUCCACUAUCGCAAAAACAAAGGUUUGGUUAAAUU